UACUUUUAGAAAUAAAGUUUAUUUUCACUUUCGCUCCACUUGGUCUCUUUCUCACUUAUUGUUAACACAGUAGGUUACACUAUAUAUUUACUCAUAUUGCUGUUUCGCUUUCAUGUUUCCCUCUUUGUUGGGUUUUGUUUUGUUUGUUUUUCUUAAUUUUCUUUCUCGUUAUUGUUCUGAUGUGUUGUUUUUCCAUUGUUUUGUAUUUAUAUAGCUCUAGCGUAAUGUUGUUCCUACAUUUUUUUAUUUUUUUAAAGUGUUAUGUUAGAGCGUGUCUCCACCACAACCGAAUACUGACCGUGGCAGGCCCCCUUUGUGUGAUUCCAUGAUCUACACGUUAGAUCCUGUACUUUUGUCUUGCAUUACACGCCUAGGGUUAAAACGGCCUGUCUAUGAAUGGGUUGACGCACGCCCUUAUUUGGUAAUUUUGUGGUUGUUUAUUUGCUGUUCUAAUUUUGAUUUCAUUCUGUUGUGAAACCUUUAUUUUUCACGUUUUGACACUCUGUGUGUCUACAAAUGAUACUCUGGAUGCUUACAACAGAGCACAAGAAUUCCUGGUGUUUUAGAUUGUUAUAAUCUCUAUCAAUGAUCAACAUAUUGCUAUCGUCACAGAGUUGAAAGCUUGAAGAUUAAUGGCAGCUUUUUUGGGCAACUUUUGCAUUUUGUGGCAACUUUUGGACAAAAAAUGGCAACAAACGCAGAUGCUAGAUUAGCCUAGCACAUUUUAGCGAUAGACAAAUCACAUGACAAAGAAAUGAACUUCAAAAGACUCGGCUCAGUAUCGUUAUUUCGUAUCAGAAAAGUGUUGCUGUGCACCGACUGGCCUUUUCUUCCUCUCCGGAAUGGCGGCGCGCCACUCAAGUUUGACACUCGUGACGUCACAGCAAAGACCUCUAGUUCUAUUUUUAUAACCUCUUUGGUUGGACCAUAAUUUGUGCGAUAAAACGGGCGUGUCUCUAACUUCCUUUGAGGAAACAAGCAACUGGCGUCCGAAUUGUUUACGUUCGCCUCGCAACAAGAACAGGCAAUGUUCACGUAUUUCUUUUGAAAAAGGUGCUUGCCUUAAAAGUGGGUACCCUAUAAGUGUCACUUCUACUGGCAUUUCCGACGCUGUAGCUUAUAGAUCUAGAAUCUAGUCAACACCUUAUUGUGCAUUGGCAGCUGAACACAAUCUUGAAGUGAAGUCUACUGGAAAUCACCCAACACUAACACUCACAACGCUUACUUAAACUUAAACGACUCUGACACUGUUACUGAAGUGACUAUGAAUGAUUUGUUGUGAUGGCGUGGCCAAUGUUCAACCUUCAGCCACUUCAGUAGUAGAUUUAGAAGAAGGCUGAUGUGUGUGGCCGGGCUCCCUGCGCUGCGUGUGGACGGGUAGUUGCGACAGAGAGACAACAUGGCCGACAGCGUACAGCUGAUGAAAUGUGGCGUGAGGUUCCAGCCGCCAGCCUUGGUGCUCAGCUACAAGGACUGGAAAACUGGCAAGUUGCGGCGUCGUUCCAUGCCUCUGAGGAACUUCAGCAAAAACAGCAGCAUCGAUCGGACGGUGGAGGACCUCAAGGCCAGCCCCAGACACGCUCGCUUCGUGCGCCUCCUGUCCACGGCCCAGCUGCAGCGACUCCUCACCAUCAUCAAGGACAAACUGAGCGGGCUGAGUGUGGAGGCAAGUGUGGCGAGGAACAACGCCAUGGACACCCUCAACCCGGAGGAAAACCUCAACAAAGUGGAUGAGGAGACUCUUCAGCGCAAGAAACUACAGAUGGACACAUCCUUUGAGAAGCAUCGCAAACGUCCAGGAGACCCAGACUUCCAGUACAACGUGGAGGUCGACUUUGACGCGGCCGUGGUGGAGACCAGUGGAUGGGACUCGGAUGGCUCAGAAGUGGACUUUUAGUUAGUACGUGUAGUGGUAGUUGUAGUUGUAGUUGUACGUGUAGUGGUAGUUGUGGUGGUAGUUGUACUAGGACUUUUAGUUAGUACGUGUAGUAAAGUAGUGGUAGUUGUAGUGGUAGUGGUAGAUGUAGUUGUAGUUGUAGUGGUAGAUUUAGUUGUAGUUGUAGUGGUAGAUGUAGUUGUAGUGUAGUUGUAGAUUUAGUUGUAGUAGUAGUUGUAGUGGUAGUUGCAGUUGUAGUGACAGAUCAGACUCAAGACUUUGCUCCGGCCUGCCCCAUGCCAUGGUUCAUCAUGUAUGAUCACUCAUUAUAUAUAUAUUUCAAGUAGUACCGGUACUCAGACUAUGCAAGUAAGAACAGCUUAUGUUGCAGUAUAGAUUCAUCAAUAUUAUCAUACAAAUUUUUUUAAAAGUAUUUUAUGUAUUGCAAUAAAUCUGUUUUUCAACUAUCAAUAAAUCUGUUUAUGAACUACCGGUAUAUUUCAAUAAAUCUGUUUAUGAACUACCGGUAUAUUUCAAUAAAUCUGUUUAUGAACUGUAUUUCAAUAAA